GUCGUUUCAUUUCCGGUUUGUUUUCUCCUUCGGAAAUGGCCGCUGUGGCUGCUAAGCCUUGAGAGAUCAAGCCAGAAGGAGAAGGCCACUGUUUUUAGGUGCCUGGUGGGGCGCCAUGGGUCGGGAGUCCAGAUCAACAAAGCAACAGUUGUCCAAACAAAAACAGCAUUAUCGGAAGCGCUCCUCAUCACGAGGGCGCUCUGGUAGCCGUUCUAGGAGUCGUUCUCCAUCUGACAAAAGAGCAAAGCGUGGAGAUGAUAGACGUUCUAGAAGCAGGGACAGAGAACGUAGACGUGAGAGAUCACGGAGCAGGGACAAGAGGAGGUCUCGGUCGCGUGACAGAAAGCGUGUGAGUAUUACCCAAAAUAUGCUUCUGCGUAGGCGUUCAAGAAGUAGAGAGCGGGAACGGAGCAGAGAGAGGAGACGAUCACGCAGUCGAGAGAGAAGAAGAUCCAGAAGCCGAAGUAGAGGGCGACGGUCCCGAUCUUCUAGCCCUGGCAAGAACAAGAAAGUAGAAAACAGAUCACGAUCUAAAGAAAAGGUAGAAGGUGUGGAAGUUAACAAAGAAAAGAAAAAGGAGAAAGAGGACAAAGAAGAAGAAAAGAGUCAGGAUGUAAAUAAUUUUGAUCAGAACAAACUAGAAGAGGAAAUGAGGAAGCGAAAAGAACGGGUAGAGAAAUGGAGAGAAGAACAGCGCAAGAAAGCUAUGGAAAAUAUUGGCGAACUGAAGAAAGAAAUUGAAGAAAUGAAGCAGGGGAAAAAAUGGAGCUUAGAAGAUGAUGAUGAUGAUGAUGAGGAAACUGCAGAAGGGGAAAAGGAAGGUAAUGAGAUUGAAGAUGAAGAAUUAGAUCCACUAGAUGCAUAUAUGGAAGAAGUAAAAGAAGAGGUCAAGAAGUUUAAUAUGAGGAGUGUAAAAGGUGGAGGUGGAAGUGAAAAGAAAUCUGGGCCAACAGUUACUAAAGUAGUAACUGUGGUGAAAACCAAAAAAGCAUCUCCAGAAACAGAAAAGAAAAAAGGAGAGCUCAUGGUGAAUGACCAAGAUGCAAUGGAGUAUUCCUCUGAAGAGGAGGAAGUAGAUCUCCAGACUGCAUUGACAGGCUACCAGACCAAACAUAGGAAACUGUUGGAACCAGUGGAUCAUGGGAAGAUUGAAUAUGAGACCUACAGGAAAAAUUUCUAUGUUGAAGUCCCAGAGCUAGCUAAGAUGACUCAGGAAGAGGUGAAUGCAUAUAGGCUGGAAAUGGAAGGAAUUACAGUCAAGGGUAAAGGAUGUCCCAAGCCAAUCAAAACCUGGGUGCAGUGUGGUAUUUCUAUGAAAAUCCUGAAUUCCCUGAAAAAGCAUGGCUAUGAAAAGCCCACCCCAAUCCAAGCCCAAGCUAUACCUGCAAUUAUGAGUGGACGUGAUUUAAUUGGCAUUGCUAAAACAGGAAGUGGAAAAACUAUUGCUUUUCUGUUGCCCAUGUUCAGACACAUCAUGGAUCAGAGACCACUAGAAGAAGGAGAGGGUCCAAUAGCUGUCAUUAUGACUCCUACUCGAGAGCUGGCUUUACAGAUUACAAAGGAGUGUAAGAAGUUUUCAAAGACACUUGGGGUUAGAGUUGUGUGUGUAUAUGGAGGAACAGGAAUAAGUGAGCAGAUUGCUGAACUGAAAAGGGGUGCUGAAAUAAUAGUUUGCACGCCUGGCCGUAUGAUUGACAUGUUAGCAGCUAAUAAUGGUCGGGUGACAAAUCUUCGGAGAGUGACGUAUGUUGUCCUUGAUGAAGCUGAUAGAAUGUUUGAUAUGGGCUUUGAGCCUCAGGUUAUGCGCAUUGUAGACAAUGUGAGACCUGAUCGCCAGACUGUUAUGUUCUCUGCUACCUUCCCAAGAGCCAUGGAGGCUUUAGCUCGUCGAAUAUUAAAUAAGCCAAUUGAAGUCCAGGUUGGUGGAAGGAGCGUUGUCUGUUCUGAUGUGGAACAAAAAGUGAUUGUCAUAGAGGAAGAGAACAAGUUCUUGAAGUUACUUGAAUUAUUAGGACAUUAUCAGGAACAAGGAGCUGUCAUUAUAUUUGUAGAUAAACAAGAACAUGCUGAUGGAUUGCUGAAAGACUUAAUGAGAGCCUCUUAUCCCUGCCUGUCACUUCAUGGAGGUAUUGACCAGUAUGACAGAGACAGCAUAAUUAAUGAUUUUAAGAGUGGAGUGUGCAAACUUCUUGUGGCCACGUCUGUGGCAGCCCGAGGUCUUGAUGUAAAACAUCUUGUGCUUGUGGUCAACUACAGCUGUCCCAAUCAUUAUGAGGAUUAUGUGCACAGAGCAGGCAGAACUGGACGAGCUGGCAACAAAGGUUAUGCAUAUACGUUCAUUACUGAAGAUCAAGCACGGUAUGCUGGUGAUAUAAUUAAAGCUUUGGAGUUGUCAAGUAAUCCAGUUCCUUCUGAGCUGGAGAAGCUUUGGAAUGACUUCAAAGAUCAGCAGAAGGCUGAGGGAAAGACAAUUAAAAAGAGCAGUGGAUUCUCUGGGAAAGGAUUCAAGUUUGAUGAAACAGAGGAGGCUUUGGCUAAUGAGAGAAAGAAAUUACAAAAAGCUGCACUUGGCUUGCAAGAUUCAGAUGAUGAAGAUACAGCUGUUUCAAUUGAUGAGCAGAUUGAAAGCAUGUUCAAUUCAAAGAAAAGAGUUAAAGACAUGGCAUCAUCUGGUGGGACAUCUAAUGUUCCUGCCCCGACAGCAGGAAAUGCAGAAAAAUUAGAGAUUGCUAAGAGAUUGGCAUUGAGAAUCAAUGCACAGAAGAAUCUUGGAGCCGAGGCACAAGUAUUGGUCUCUUUUCAAUUUAAGGAUGUGAUGCAGCAAGCUACAAAUGCUAUCCUGAGAGGUGGUACCAUUCAAGCUCCAACUGUAUCUGCUAAGACUAUUGCAGAACAAUUGGCUGAGAAGAUUAAUGCCAAGCUCAAUUAUGUGCCGAUAGAGAAACAAGAGGAGGAGAAACAGGAGGGGGGACAAAAUGAAUCUUUUAAAAGAUAUGAGGAAGAAUUGGAGAUCAAUGAUUUUCCACAGACUGCCAGGUGGAAAGUAACCUCAAAGGAAGCACUGCAUAGAAUAAGUGAAUAUUCUGAAGCUGCCAUUACAAUCAGAGGAACAUAUUUUCCCCCAGGCAAAGAGCCAAAGGAGGGAGAACGAAAAAUUUACUUGGCUAUUGAGAGUGCCAAUGAACUGGCAGUGCAAAAAGCAAAGGCAGAAAUCACCAGGCUUAUCAAAGAAGAGCUCAUCAGAUUGCAAAAUUCAUACCAACCAACCAACAAAGGAAGAUACAAAGUUUUAUAAAUAUUUGGAGCAAAUCUGUCUACCACUUUCUCAUUUGUGAAACUUUGUCAUUUCUGUUUAUCGUUGUUUACACUGCUUAUUGUAAAUUAUAUUUUUUAAUGUCAUGCUGGAUUUUUUUAAAGAUGAGAUUACUUUGUCAGAGGAUCCUUUUCUGCACAGAGAACAACAGUUUCAGGAUGCAUGAUUGAUUAAACUUGUUGUAAUUUGUAUGCUUUCCAUUCUAAAUAUACUGAAUAAAGCCAGUCAGCUUUUCUGGAAGACUGUAGCUUAACCUCAAUUUGAAUAAUCUUAAACAGGGGUUGUAAAUUGUUAUAUUCCAGGCUCACAUUUUGGAGUAAUGGGGAAAAGUGCUUUAAAAUGAAGGCUGAAUUUUCCUAUGCCACUGUUAGAAAAAACAACUGCUCUCUUCCCUGCUCUGCUCCCGUUCCCAGUGAGAUCAUUGUGAUAUUCUAGAACCAUAUAAAUGGACUGGAAAUUGUCCAUUAAUGGACUUUGAUGCAUAUGGAUAACAAAAGUUAUGUUUGUAUAUUUUCCUGGAAAAUGAGAAAUUUGGAAGAUUCAGAGAUGUUUUCUUAUAUAUGUCUGGUUUUAGGAUUUAGCCAAAUAAUAUGAGCUUACUAUUUAAUGAGAGAAAUUGCACUUCCAUAACACGAGAAACCUUUUUCAUAAGGGACAUACUGAGUUAGCCAAACUCAUUGUGAGUGAGUGUGUGUAUAUAUAUCUUUAAUUAUUUCCUCCCUUUUUUGGAUAGGCUUACAAGAAAGCUAUUAAUUUGUCAACCACCAGCAGUGUUGGUGGCUAUUGUAUCAGAAUAUGGUAGCCUAUUUUUUACAGUCUCUGUUCUAGGGACACAACUGAGAAGUCAAUCUAAAUUGAUCUCAGAUUGCAGUCUAACUCUCUUUGUUUCCAGCUUAAGGGAAGAACUGUUCUCAGAUUCUUGUAAUUUUAGUUUGAAUCUUCUAUUGCAGGUGGUAACUGUAUGCAAACAAUGGCAGUGAUAACUGGAGCUGAAAAGUUGUCUCGUUUUGAAACUUCUUGUAGAAGAGUGUGAUGCUAUGUGGCAAAAUCUAAUUUUAAUAUGUUAAAUGUGCAUUAAUCUAAAUAAACCAGGCCCCAAAUUUAAUAAACUGAAACAUCAAAACAA